AUGGGAAGCAGAGCGUCUGUGAUAACUUUAGGGGUAUCUAGAUUGGUGGGAUCAAAAACUCUGCGUCCUUUGUGUAAGGACCACAAUGCUCCAACCGACGCUGAUUAUAUAUAUGUUCGUCAAGAUGGAUAUAAUGUCAAAUGGAUACUAGAUACGAAUACAUACGAUCAUACAAUGAUUGGCCGGUAUAUCAAUGAAACACACAUUAGUGGUUUAUUAACGAGGGUUACCCUGGCUGAUUAUUGCGUGAUUGUUAGCAAUGUUAUGAUGAUUGCAAGAGACAAUAAAUCGUAUUGUUUCAAAAGUGAUCAUCAUCAAUAUACUUCAACUUGUGGAAGCGCUGCUCCUUUGUGGGAAUAUUGUGCGGCUUAUUGA